GCAAAUGAGCAAAGCAAUCUAGAAACAUACAUUGUUCUGCUAAAGCAGCCAGAUGGCCGAGUUUUUUCUGAAUCAGAAGACUUAGAAAGCUGGUAUCAGUCAUUCUUGCCAGCUAGCACGGCAAGCUCGAAUGAGCCCUCGUCACGGAUGGUUCACUUGUAUCGUAACGUGGUCACUGGUUUUGCUGCAAGACUGUCACUGGACGAAGUGAAAACCAUGGAAAAGAAGGAUGGGUUUGUAUCAGCUUGGCCCCAGAAAGUAUUGCCUCUACACACAACUCAUAGCCCUAAUUUCUUGGGUUUGCACCAAAACUUAGGGUUCUGGAAUGGCUCAAAUUAUGGGAAGGGUGUCAUAGUUGGAGUUUUGGACACCGGAAUUACCCCAAACCAUCCCUCAUUUAGCGAUGAAGGAAUGGCUCCUCCACCUUCUAAAUGGAAAGGCAAGUGUGAAAAUGGGAUAUCAUGUAAUAACAAGCUCAUCGGUGCCAGGAAUUUCGUCAGCAGAUCGACACCCGAGCCGCCACUCGACGAUGAAGGUCACGGCACACACACUGCGAGCACGGCUGCCGGGAACUUCGUGGAAGGUGCCAAUGUGUUCGGCCAGGCCAAUGGCACUGCAGUUGGCAUGGCACCUCGCGCUCAUUUAGCCAUCUACAAAGUGUGCGGCGCGGGUUGUUCCGAGAGUGCAAUAUUGGCAGCAAUGGACACUGCUGUUGAGGACGAAGUGGACGUGCUUUCUCUCUCCCUUGGAGGAGGAUCUUCUCCUUUCUACGCUGACGGCAUUGCCCUAGGAGCAUUUGGUGCAAUGCAAAAGGGAAUUUUUGUCAGCUGCUCCGCCGGCAACUCUGGUCCAGUCAAUGCUUCAUUGUCAAAUGAGGCACCAUGGAUCCUAACAGUUGGAGCAAGUACUAUUGACAGAAUCAUAAAAGCAACAGCAGUACUUGGAAACCAAGAGGCAUUCGAUGGUGAAUCCCUAUUCCAGCCAAGCACUUUACCACCGGAGUUAUUUCCCCUUGUUUACCCUGGCAUGAAUGGUGAUAUGGACGCUGCAUCAUGCAGUCCCGGAUCACUAAACAACACUGACGUGACAGGAAAAGUAGUGUUGUGUGAGAGAGGUGGCGGGAUAGCAAGAAUUGACAAAGGCCAAACAGUGAAGGAUGCUGGUGGCGCCGCCAUGAUACUCAUGAACCAGCAGCCAGAUGGCUACAGUACCUUAGCUGAUGCACAUGUUCUUCCGGCAACACAUGUGAGUUAUGAUGCAGGAAUGAAGAUCAAAGCCUAUAUAAACUCGUCCCCAUCACCUAUUGCCAGUAUCUUUUUCAAAGGAACUAUCAUUGGAAUAAAAAAGGCUCCCAUGGUUACUUCAUUUUCAUCCAGAGGUCCCAGCUUGGAAAGUCCAGGCAUUUUGAAACCGGACAUUAUCGGUCCUGGUGUGAGCAUUCUAGCUGCAUGGGCAUUCUCUGUUGAAAACAAUACCAACGCAAUAUCAACAUUUAACGUCAUCUCUGGCACCUCAAUGUCUUGUCCUCAUCUCAGUGGCAUUGCUGCGUUGGUCAAAAGUGUGCACCCAGAUUGGUCACCUGCUGCCAUUAAGUCAGCCAUCAUGACUACUGCUGAUCAGUAUAACCUCGAAAACAAGCUCAUUGUGGAUGAGAGAAUGCUUGUAGCUGACAUCUUCGCAACCGGGGCAGGCCAUGUGAACCCAUCAAAAGCGGGUGAUCCGGGGCUUGUGUAUGACCUCAAACCGGAUGAUUACAUACCUUACUUAUGUGGUUUGGGUUACACAGACAAAGAGGUUGGAAUCAUCGCACAACGCCCACUGAACUGCUCUGAAGAAUCGAGUAUACCAGAAGCGCAGCUAAAUUACCCUUCAUUUUCAGUUGUACUCGGGCCUAAUGAGAGGACAUACACGAGGACAGUGACAAAUGUGGGUGAGGCUAGUUCAUCCUACAGUGUUGAAAUUCUUCCACCUCCUGGUGUUUAUGUGACUGUCAAGCCUCAUAAGCUCGACUUCACUGAGGUCAACCAGCAAAUGACAUAUAGCGUGACAUUUAGCCAAUCAACUGUGCAAGAUAGCCCCACUGUUCUUCAAGGAUUUCUACAAUGGGUUUCUGUUACUCGUGUUGUUAGAAGUCCAAUCACAGUCAAGUUUGAGUGA